AUGGACUACCUGCUGCAUACCGCGGCUCUUGUCCUUCGACAAUCGACCGACGACACAGGUGGAGGCGAUGCAACCAGCGAAUUCCUCAGGGAAUGCCGCCUGCACCCUGAACGCGACUGGUGCCACACCGGCUACUAUGGCUACAAGCUCGACGUCGCUGCAUAUGCCGCUUUCAUUGGUAUCUUUGGCGUGUCUCUGAUUGCAUAUCUUGUCACGUAUGCAGUGACUCGCCGUGGUCUGGCGUUUACCAUUGCCUUUCUCCUCGGCCUGAUUUGCGAAGUCUUGGGCUAUGCCGGUCGGGUUAUGAGCUGGAAGAACCCUUGGGAUGAGAAUGGCUUCCUCAUGCAGAUUUGCUGCUUGACUAUCGCCCCGGCGUUCAUGGCUGCUGGUAUCUACUUCUGCCUACGACGCAUUGUCUUUACUUUCGGUCCGGAGAACUCGAGGAUCCCUCCACCUUACUACACUAGGAUUUUCAUCCCUUGCGAUGUACUCUCGCUCAUCCUGCAGGCUGUUGGUGGCGCCAUGGCCUCCGUGGCCUCGCACAACAACAAGCCCGUCGAGACCGGCGACAACAUUAUGAUUGCCGGCCUUUCGUUCCAGGUCUUCACCAUGCUCAUGUUCAUGCUCUGCUCGGCCGACUUCGCCUUCAACGCGUGGCGGCGCCACAAGAAGCUCGGCGACGCCGCCUUCGACCAGUCCGCCAGCGUCGCCGCCAUCCGCAACUCGUGGCUCUUCAAGGGCUUCCUCGGCGCCCUGACGCUCAGCACCAUCUGCAUCUUCUGGCGGUGCGUCUUCCGCGUGGCGGAGCUGAGUAAGGGAUGGACCGGUCCCCUGAUGAAGAACCAGCCCAUGUUUAUUGGCUUCGAGGGCGUCAUGAUUGUUGUUGCUGUCGUGUCGCUGAAUGUCUUCCACCCGAGCGUCUGCUUCAAGGAGAUGAUGGAGGGCGAGGGCGGCUUUAGUCGCAAGAAGAACAACGCGGUGCAGGACUCGGGGUUGGAGUCGGGCGUGGGCAAGAGUGAGCAGGCUAGCGACACGGAGAUGGGAAGCAGAGGCGCUACAUCAUCAUGA